GAGAGAUGGGAGAGGAGAGGGAGAGGAAAAGAUAAAGCUGAAGGUAACGGGAGAACAGGGCUCUUGGGAUGCUCCAACUUUACUGAUGACAGCUGGUUUUUGUAAGACGCUGCAGAGCCAAGGCUGAGAAUAAGAGGCCUGAAGUCUCAACAGCCUCCAAACCAGUUUGAACUUUGUUUGGCUGAUGGCCAUUUUGCUGGGUGUGAGAAGCUGGAUAACUUCCAACUAUACCUAUAAGGACUUACUGUCUGCUGUUAUGGGAAGCUGCCGCCUUGGUGCCAACUAACAGCCCUCCCCGAAGCGACUCCAUCUCCACCCAGCGUUGGCAGAACUGUCAGUUGAGGAUUACUUGAAUCAUUUAACGUCCCAUGAGAUGCAAGAAAUCCUUGGUUGAAGUCUUUCCAGGUGAAACUAUGAUCCUGUUGCUAAAGUAGGGUGUUUUUCAAGAAGACACAUUCUCGCUGACGAUUUGUGGUGGCCAUAUUGUCACUGCACAGGGAGUAACAACACCUACAAAUCCCCCAAAACACCCGUAGGUCGCUCUCAUUUUGGAACUAUGCCCUGCCCAUCUCCUCCCUCUCCGCCCUACCUUGCUUCCCGCUCAGUCUUUAUCAUUGGACUUAUGCUUCUGGUCCAUUGGGGGCCACUGGAGGUCAGUUGCCAGAAUGACACAGAGCCAAUCGUGUUGGAGGGAAAGUGUUUGGUGGUAUGCGACUCCACCCCCUCUGCAGAGCCAUCGGGUAACGCUCUCGGCAUGUCUGUGAGGUCAGGGACCGGUCGAGUGGCGUUUUCAGCCAUCCGAAACACCAACCAUGAACCCUCAGAGAUGAGCAACCGCACCAUGACCAUCUACUUUGACCAGAUCCUAGUAAAUGUUGGCAGCCAUUUUGAUCCAGCAAGGAGCAUCUUCGUGGCACCUAGAAAAGGAGUCUACAGUUUCAGCUUUCAUGUUGUCAAAGUUUACAACCGGCAGACGAUACAAGUGAGUUUGGUUCUCAACGGCUGGCCGGUGAUUUCAGCCUUCGCAGGUGAUCAGGAUGUGACCCGGGAAGCUGCCACCAAUGCUGGGCUGGUGAUGAUGGAGCGAGGGGACAAGGCUUACCUCAAACUGGAGAGGGGAAACCUGAUGGGAGGGUGGAAAUACUCCACAUUCUCCGGGUUUCUGGUGUUCCCCUUGUAGGUUAAGGUUGAGGUUGGCGUACGUUUUGUCGUAGUCGAGGUAUAGAUAAAUAAUGUUAUUUGACAGAAUAAAGGAGGCAUUCAUGGAAACAUAUUGAAUUAAAUCCAACUGCUUUGAUGCAUCUUUGUAUGUGUCAGAUGAAUUGGUGAAUUCACUCAGCACCAAAUAAUUCUGAAUGUAAUUUCCAUUUCCAUUGCACUGUAAUGGCUCACUGUUGUCCGAUUGUAAUGUGUUGUCUGUACUUGCUUACACCAGGUGUCAGCCUGUCGGAGGUUUGUGAUUUUCCUUUAAUGCAUGAAAUACAGCGUAGAAAAUAUUCGUGGCAAUAAAGGAAA